GUCGCUGUACACGAGCUCUCCCAUCUCACCGUCGGGCUGAUCUGCGGCGGACAGGUCGUCUCGAUCUGUAUUGAUCCAAACGAUGGAGGCGCCACACAUAUCAUGGGUCUCAUGCGGAACUACCCUCGGAUACCGAACGACCCAUACGCUAUGCCAACCUACGCUCAGCUGUUUUGGAGUCCGAGCGCUCUGGCGACGCUAGGUGCGGGGUAUGUUGGAAGUAGUAUAGCGGGCUUCCUCUUUGUGGUGAUCCACAUUGUCGCCUCGAAGAUAGCUGCUCUGGUGAUCCACCUUGGAUUACUCGUGCCGAUAUUACGAGCAGAUCACUGGGUAGCUUUCGCCAGUAUCGUGCUAUGCGAAGCCGUUCUCAUUGGACUGUGGUUCGGGGAUCAUGGCAAUGUAAUACUCUUUGUCGGAAUGAUGCACCUGUACUAUGUCGUGUGGGAUUACAUCGACGAACGGCUGUUUGACAAGCGCAAUACGUCGGACUGCGCGCAGUUCUCGGAGCUCCUCGGCUGGCCGACAAGC